GGAAGAGGUAUGACUAUACACAGUGGCAACACAACAGGGAGAGUUACGCUCGAAGCAAACGGUCUCGUGAUGAGCCCGUAAUUUUGGCCUGUUAAAGCGAGGCAUCGAUCCAUGUUUCCGGUAUACUUUUGCUUUGAGAGAUAGCUAGUCUAUUUCGAGCGAAACAUUCUGGUGCACAUGUGCAACUCCGGUCAACCCUUACGAGCGUAUUUACGGUAGGAACCAUCUGCUCUCUGUUGGCUGCUAGCCGGCUACUGUGAAAUUAAAGUUGUUAAAAUAUUGGGAAGACGCUGAACCUGAUGCUUCCUGUGCAACAGUGGGCAGCCUCUGCUCUGCUGCUAAAGAUAGGCCACACGCUGUCUGACAACACCUCUCUGGAUUUGCUGACAAGCGAGUCUCACUUCCUUUCUUUUACGGGACAGGUCUCUUCCCAGUGCAAGAUCAUGCGACCGCAUUAUCAUGCGCUGAAGAUCAGUUUGUUGUGAGCUGUGUUUGACAGUAGCAGCAAUGAAGGCUGGAGUCAGGACGGAGGGUUUGAACAGAGCUGUAGCUACCUGCAUCCUAACGCUGUGUCUCGGCUGCUUACACGUGAUCGCCCUCAAAUCGCAACUUUUCACCAGGCUCGGUGGGUUACCUUACUCCACUGAGACGCCCAUCAGCUAUGACACAUUUUAUUUUGACCAGAAGAUUGAUCAUUUUGGAUUCCUAGAGGAUGGCACCUUCAAACAGAGAUACCUUGUGGCUGACAAACACUGGCAGCAGCCCGGAGGACCUAUUUUUUUCUACACUGGCAAUGAAGGAGACAUCACCUGGUUCUGCAACAAUACUGGCUUCAUGUGGGAAAUUGCGGAGGAGUUGGGCGCCAUGCUGGUUUUUGCAGAACAUCGUUACUAUGGAGAGUCCCUGCCAUUUGGACAAGACUCUUACAGUGACAGCAAACAUCUGAACUACCUGACCUCAGAGCAGGCCCUGGCAGAUUUUGCAGUGCUGAUUCAGAACCUGAAGAGCACUUUACCUGGAGCUCAGCACAGCCCUGUCAUCACUGUCGGAGGUUCCUAUGGAGGGAUGCUCUCCGCCUGGUUCAGGAUGAAAUACCCCAAUAUAGUUGUUGGAGCUCUGGCAUCCUCUGCACCCAUAUGGCAGUUCCAUGGUAUGGUGCCAUGUGGAGACUUCUACAAAAUAGUAACACAGGACUUUGCCAGAAGUGGGUAUAACUGUGAUGCAAACAUCAGAAAGUCUUGGAAGGCUAUUAAUAAUGUCUCUUCCACUGUGUCUGGUCUUCAGUGGCUGUCAGAAGAAUUCAGUUUAUGCACCCCUCUUAAAAACAAGAAUGAUGCUAUCGGCUUCAAGAACUGGCUUCAGGAGACUUGGGUGAAUCUGGCUAUGGUGGACUACCCCUAUGAAGCAAAUUUUCUCCAGCCACUUCCUCGCUGGCCGAUCCAGGUGGUGUGCAAGUAUCUUCCUUUCGAUUCCACUGUGUCUGACUACCAGCUGCUGCAAGGUGUCUCCCAAGCAGCGAAGGUCUACUACAACUACACUGGAAGCUCUUCCUGUCUCAACACAUCUCAGACAGCAACUGGCAGCCUCGGUUUCCUCGGCUGGUAUUACCAGGCCUGCACAGAGAUGGUGAUGCCCAUGUGCACAGAUGGCGUCCAGGACAUGUUUGAACCAGAGGAGUGGAACUUCCAGGCCUUCUCUGAUGAGUGUAAUGUCAUGUUUGGUGUCAGGCCACGAGCUGACUGGGCAGGCACCGUCUACGGGGGGAAGGACAUUGCCUCUCACAGCAACAUCAUCUUCAGUAAUGGAGGCCUCGACCCGUGGUCGGCUGGUGGAGUGACUUAUAACAUAACAGAUUCUCUGGUUUCCAUUAUGAUUCCUGAUGGAGCCCAUCACUUGGACCUCCGCUACAGCAAUGACUAUGACCCACCCUCAGUCCGCGCAGCCCGGGCGUUAGAGGUGAAGUAUUUUCGCGAGUGGAUCAGGCAGGCUAAAAAGACACCUCAAACUACAUCAACUCCCUAGUCCCUAAAAUCAAAGCAAAAUGUUACUUGACUGGGACAUCCAUGAUAUCCAGGAUUGACUAGCUUUAAUUUGUAUGACAUGGUAUUUCACAGGGUGCUGUCUCUGUCAUUAUGCCAAAGUUUGGCCCUUUUUUAAUCAAUGUUGGAGAUGAUUUUUUUAACAUUAAAUAAUGAAAUGUUUUAUUUAAAAUUUCUACAUCGCUCUUGAUUUUAAUAACAAUGUCAUUAAUCACUUGAGAGUGUUUUUUAAUCUUAAUCAUGUAGCCAUACUCAGUGCUGGAGUAUCAGACUACAAUUUUCUAAUUAGAGACACACUAUUUCUUUAUGCCAAACUAUACAUUUCCAAGGGCUUGGAGACAGACAGGUACUGUAUUAUGAGCAAAAAUUUGAUCUGUUUGUCAUGUAAAAGCUAUUGAUAACAGUGUUGUAGUAUAAAUAUAUUUGUUUAUUCAUAUAAUCACAUUAUCAUCAUAAAAAGACGGAUCAUCCUCAUUUAGUUUUUUCUCCCAUGUAAAGUUUCGCCAGAACCCAUUAAGGCCUCUGCCUCCAAGCUUUUGUUUUCUUCUCUUCAGUCAGUGUUACAAUCAGGGACAUUUUGUCAUUAGUUUUGCACAUGGGAGAAAUUUGCCCUCAGGGCGUUCUGCCAGAAAGUCUGUCUGCUAUUACAAUUGACACCCCUUAAGUUUUUUUUGUCAGCCUUGUUGAUUAGCCAUUGCUGUCAUUCAGGUGUAUUUGUUUUUUCAAAAUUAAUGUACAUUGUAAUAUGCAUCUUAAGAUUUAAAUGAGUCUCAGGAGAAAAGCUUGGCACCAAAUAUAAAGAAAUUCAAUUCCUUUGAAAAUGUCCACUGCAUUGAGUGUAAUAUUAAACUUGAUUUGUUAUUGUUCACAGAA